UAUUCAAUUUCAGAAGGAAUACCAUUGCAUUCAUAAUACAAAACCAAAACGAAAUUUCUAAGCCUCAUGAAAAGCAUCUAAAUUGUAAUGCCAAAAUCAUUGUAACCAUUAAAAACAAGGAAAUGAAAAGAAGCAAUGAUGUCUUUUUAAAGAAGUACCCCUGUGAAAUUUUUUUAAGGAACACCCUUAAUCAUUCAAUAUAUACUUCAUCAGCACAGUUGCAGGAAGAAUUUAAAUUAUUAUUCACUAAAGGACAUUCACCAAGCACAGCAUACAGUCUCUUUAAAGAUGAAUUAUAUGAAAACCACAAUCAAAGGUACAAUGAAAUUGUAGCUGAUGGCAGUAAAUGCCCAACACUGAAGUGGGUAUAUGAUCUGUACUAUCAAAUAUUCAAAAGAGAAUAUAGUGAGCCUACAGGUGUCGAAAUGAUUGUGUCAAUGGAAAAUGCAAUAAAAGAUUAUAAUAUUAAAUGUGAAAGUGUAUGUGCAGCCAUUGAACAUUCAACUAAUGUAGCUGUAGCGAUUUGUACCCCACUUAUGAAAAGAAUUCAUAAUUAUAUUCCUCCGGGAACAUGGAUAGGCACAAUAGUCGAAUAUUUUUAUUAUUGUGCCCUUAAGCUGUAGGAGCAUUACCAUUAGGUAUUGUAAUGACAUAUUCAGAGUCAGAGCAAUCAAUAACAAAUGCUGUUAAGCUCCUUCAGAUCAUUUUACCAACAAAUUCGUUUUAUGGGCAAAACUUUCCAAAAUUAAUUGUUACUGUUGAUUGUGAUGCUGAAAGAAACAGUUUAAAAUGAUGUUUUAAAGAUGCAUCGUUAAUAUUGUGCAAAUUUCAUGUGCUACAAUCCUUUAUGCGAUUUUGAUGGAACAGCUCUAAUGGAGUUGAUAAAUAUGAAAGAGUGAGUAUAUUUCAGCUUUUUAGAAAAUCUGUAAAUUGUGUUUCUGAAGAGGAAUUCAAGAACUUAUAUAGCAUGCUUCUAUCAGAUAAAUGUGUAGAAAAGAAUAAUAAGUUAAAAAAUUAUCUUUUUAACUUGCAAUAGAGGGCAGAAAUAUGGGCAAUGUGUUACAGAUCAAAUUUAUUAACUAGGGGUAACAAUACUAAUAAUUAUUCUGAAGCUUCCUUUCGAGUAUUAAAAGAUAAAAUAUUAUUAAGAAAAAAGGCUACAACUAUUUGAUUAUUUAACGACAAAUUUUGAAGCGUUUUACAUUAAAAAAAUUAUUGAUAUGAUAAAUGGAAGAUGGGAAGGCUCGAAACAAAAAACAAAUAUAUUGAUAAGGCUAAAAUUAAUGGUAUAGUUUGUACACAAGUAGAAGAAAACAUUUAUAAUGUUCAAUCUAAAGAAAAUAAUUAUAUUGUUAAUACAGAAAUUGAAAGUUGUACAUGCUUUAUGGGCAAUAGAGGUGGAUCUUGUAAACACCAAUUGGCUAUUGUAACACAAUUUGCCGUAAAUUCGCAGCAAUUCCAUCCUACUUUAAUUAAUAGUGACUUCAAAGAACUUUUGCUUAAGGUUGUUUAUGGUGUUAACUGUGAAAUAGAAGGAUGGUACUUAAAUUUGAAUGACACCAAAGCUAAUCAAGUUGUCAAAAUUUAUAAUAAUUCAUCAGCUAUUGAGGUACCCAGUUGUAGCUCUCCAGAUUUGCACAAUAUUGACAUUAAUUUAAAUGAUAUUCCACCGAUAUCAACUAUUGAAAAAGAUAAAAUCCGUGGACAACUUGAACAUUUUGUUGAUUUACUUAUGAACAGGUUUGAAAAUAAUUAUGAUGAAUUCAAUCAACCUAUUUUAAAAUUUUUAAAGAAUGUGGAGAGCUGUAAAACAAAUUCAUCCCUUACAAGUGCAUUGUGUACGUUUGGUAAAUAUAACGGGACAGGACUUCCUAAAAUUAAAUCAGGAAAAAAUAUUCAGGGUGGAAAUAGAAUAGGCGUGCAGCCAACAGCAAUAAUGAGACGAAAAUCAGGACUAUGGGGAAGAAAUAUUGCUCAAAGUGGCAGACCUCUAAAAAGGCUUCGACUGUCAAAUCAUGCCUAUAGUAAAGAAAAAAGUAAACACAAUUUUGAAGUUUUCUAUCCUGACAAUAAAACUGCUGCACCACAUUGCUUAGAAUACUGUAUUACUCAAAAUAUAUCUUUGGGUAAGACACAUUCAAAAAAGUAAUGUUUCUGUCCCUAUGUAUGUAUGUAUGUUUUAUUUUCAGUUGAUUAUUAUCAACAUUCAUGCUUGUGCCAUACUUAUAGUAGGUAUAUGACUUUUUUCUUUAAAGAAUCCACGGG